UUAUACGGGAGGGAUCUCAGAUUGUUUGCGAUGCACAAAAAAAAGCGGAUUUAUUUAAUGAAUAUUUUGUAAGUGAAGCGAACGUCGAUGACACAAAUCAUGAACUACCAGUCUUAGAUUAUUAUCCUAAUCACACAGAUAAAACGUUGUCUAUAGUUCAAACAACAGAAGAAGAAGUGAUUAAUCUCCUCUAUAAAGUUGAUAUUACAAAAGCUAGCGGUCAUGAUGGUAUUGGCAAUAGAAUUAUUAAAUUAUGUAGCCGCGGAAUUGCCAAAACAUUUACAUAUUUAAUUAACACAAGUCUCCGAAUAGGAGAGUAUCCAACUGAAUGGAAAAAAGCAAAUGUAACUCCUGUCUAUAAAAAAGAUGAUCAUCAAUAUAAAAAGAACUAUCGUCCCAUAUCACUUUUACCGUCUAUAUCCAAAAUACCAGAAAAAAUUGUAUUCACUAGACUAUAUGAAUUUUUAUUAGACAUUAGAUUCCUUAAUGAUUUUCAGUCCGGUUUUAGACCAGGAGACAGCACUGUGAACCAACUUACGUAUAUAGUUCAUAAGAUCUAUGAAGCUCUAGAAAUGGGUAAAGAAGUCCGUAUGGUGUUUUUAGAUUUUAGCAAAGCGUUUGAUAAA